AGUCAAGUCCGAUGAUGGAUGAUAACUUCGGUUCAUCUUCUUCUUCCUUGACCAAAUCGGUAACAGUCAAACACCGAAGCAAAAACCAGGGGCAGCAUUCUUCAAUGAUUUGGGUAUAUACCAAAGGGAAACCCAAAGUUUAACAGUUGGCGACAAAGGUAAGGAGAGAAUACAAGAACCAGAUUCCGAUUUUGAAGAUAGUAGCAAUUCAUAAUCAAGUGAAUACACGAGUUUGGGCAGUAUUGAUCAGAUGGUGAGAAUUGAUAUGAAUGAAGUAGAGAGCUUCAACACUGAAGAACUGUUUUUAGAAGAGUAUUUGGAGAAAUCGAUCAGUGAAGAAGGAACAAAGAGUURUGGACAAGCAGUAUUUACAGUCGAAGCUGAGCAGAUUACAUCCUCCCUUAGAGAUUUUACCCCUAGUAUCCCAACAGGGACAGGAAGCACAAGAAGUGAGACAAGAGGUGACCUUGAAGGUGAGCAUGGAGGCAAUAGAGAAGGGAGUACCAGAGAAGGAUAUUGGCACAAAUAGAGCUGUUAAUUCUCUCAUCCCCACCCAACAAAAACAAAGUUUAGGGGCUAAUUCUGAUUUUUUGAACUCCAUACCUGGAUUCCCAACCUCCUUUGUUAUCGAUCCUCCUCCAGCGUCUCCAGGUAAGUGUGUCCAUUCAGUUUUGGAUACUGAUGUGUGUGCUUUGCCUGAAACAGGUACACCAGCUACCCAGCUUGAUAUCUUGAGGAAGGAAAGUGGAUGUGGGAAGAGUGGUUGGAAGGGCCGGAGAUAGAAGUUAGGAGGGGGUGGAAGAGGAAGUAGAAAGGAUUUGGGGCUCGAUCAGUGAAUUCAUUGAUGACCUUAAAAAAAGGAAGAAAUAAGUCAGGAAGGGUUCCAAAAUAAGGCUGACCCAACUGUAAAGGAAAACAUAAAGACAAGGGAAUCAGAGGAUGAAAAUGUAUGUUAGAAAGAGUGAAGAAAAAAAAAAAAGAAAAAGAAAAAGACAAAGGUAGAAAGGUUAAUAUCUUAUGUAGAGGGUGAUAUUGAAUUUAGUGGGAGAGGAGAUAAAAGGAAAAAAUCCAAGUAGGGAGGGAAGAAUAAGAGGGUCAAAUUGAAAAGUGAAAGAAUGAAAAUAAUCAGUUGGAAUGUAAGAGGUCUGGGACUGCAAGGGAAAGGAGUGUUAUAAAAGACUUAAUGAAAAGAGAGGAUCCUAAUGUGGUUGAAAGGCACCAAACUAGCAGAGUUGGAUAGAAGGUUGAUCAGAAGCUUGUGGAAAUCGAGAGGGGUUAGAUGGGUGGAGGCCCCAUCCUAGGGGGCUUUUGGGGGUAUAGUGAUAUUAUGGAAGGAUGAAGUGUUGGAAUCAAUGGAAGAACUAAUUGGAAGGUAUACCAUAUCUAUUAAGUUCAGGAUUGUGGAGGAUGGAUUCACUUGGGUGCUAACUAAUUUCUAUGGACCAAAUAGUUACAGAGAGAAGAGUGAUAUGUGGGAGGAACUUUAUGAAAUAUGGGGAUUGUGGAAAUGUGCGUGGUGUUUGGGAGGGGAUUUCAAUGUGAAGUUUAAUGAAUUCAUAAACUUGUGUGAAUUGAAGGCGAUCCAUUUAUUGCAAACAAAUUUUACUUGGUCCAAUUUUCAGGAAAACCCAUUGUGCUCAAAACUGGAUAGAUUUUUGUUUAACAUAGGGUGGGAGAAUCAUUGGGAAUGUUUGGUUUCGAGAGCUUUGCCUAGAGUCACUUCAGACCACCACCCCAUUAGAUAGGAAUAGAAUGUUUCCUACAUGGUCCUCCUUUCAGAUUUGAAAACAUGUGGUUGGCACAUCUAGAUUUUAUUCGGAGAGUGGAGGAAUGGUGGAAGGAGGAUCUAAGGGGGAUAAGGUGGGACUGUGGGAGGGAAUCAAAUUCCAUAAAAAAUUGCAAAGAUUGAGGUCUAAAAUAAAUGAGAGGAAUAGGGAUCUUUGGGAGGUUAGAAGAAAGGAAGCUGACUCUUAUUUCCUAGAUUGAAGAGUUCGAUAAUGUAGAAAGUGGAAGAAACCUUUAAGUAGAAGAAAGGGAAUUGAGAAGGAAUUUUAAAAAAGAAAUGGAGGAAGUCCUGAAGAGAGAGGAAAUAUCUUGGAGACAAAAGUCAAGACAUAAAUGGAUAAAGGAAGGGAAUGGGAUUACAAAAUUCUUUCAUGCGAUGGUCAAUGGGAGAAGGCAUAAGAACUUUGUGGCUAGGUUGGAAAUGAAUGGGGAGCAAAUCUCGAAUCAGGACGAAAUAGCCAAAAUCUUUGUGGAUCACUUCAUAUCCUUUUAUAGAAGACCUCUGGAGGAAAGAUCGAGUUUAGAAGGAUUAGAGUGGCCCUUACUAGAUUGAGAAGCCAACAAGAUGGCUAGAAAGGGAUUUUGAAGCACCUGGCUCAGAUGGAUUCACAAUGGCUUUCUAUCAGAAUUGUUGGGAAGUGCUAAAAGAUGAUUUAUUUGAAGUCUUUAAGGAAUUCUCAACCACACAUAUUGUUAGCCUUGGAGUUAAUACAACUUGUUUGGCCUUGAUCCCCCCCUCCAAAUAAAAAAAAAAACUUGAUGCUAGCCAUUCAAAAGACUUUUGACCCUUUAGUUUGGUGACCAGUGUCUACAAGAUAAUUGCAAAAGUCCUUUCGUUGAGGAUCAAAGUAAUACUCCCCUCCCUCAUCAGUCAGUUUCAUAGAGCUUUUGUGUAAGGAAGACAAAUAAUUGAUCAAAUCCUGAUAGCCAAUGAUUGUAUAGAGGAGAUGAAAAGGUCUAGAAAGGAAGGAUUGGUGCACUAAGUACCUAGUAGGAACAUGAACAAAAGAAAGAGCAGACACAAAGGAAUAGUAACAAGGAGAUAAACAAGAAUAAGAAACAUACUUAGCAAUGGGAUGUCGAGUAGUACAAGAAUGGAUAGGCUUAUGAAGAGCAAUGGGAAGAUCCAAGUCAGAAGAAGGAGUGAUAGGGUUUCCUGGAUCCACUGAGAUAGAUUGACCCAAGCCCAGCUGGUUGUUGUCACAAGUUGGAGGAUCUCUUUCCCUUCUCCUGUAAACAAUUAUCAUAUCUUUCUGUUGUGUAUUAAUGGCAUCAGUCACAUCCUCAACAUUAGGAGUAGUAACCGGUUUAGCAGGAGUCUCACUAGAUUCACCUGGAUAGCUAAAACUAGAAGGACCAGGAGGAGAAGAUGGAAGACCUAAAGCUGAAAGUGGCACAAAGAAGGAAGGAGAGGAAUCCUCUUACAUCCUACUAGUCUCCCCCUGAAGAGGAUUAUUGGAGGAUCGAAAAUAAGGCUGAGACUUGAAAAACACCACAUCCUUAGUGACAUACUUUUUCUUGGUAACUGGGUCAAGGCACUUGUUACCUUUUUGUGUGGGAGAGUACCCUAAGAAGACCCCCCUUGUAGCCCUAGGAUCCAACUUUGUCUUCUUAGGAUCCUUGACAUGAAUGAAGCACACACAACCAAAGACUCUAGGAGGAAGAGGGAAAUUUGGGAGAUUAGGACAAAGGACAGAAAAUGGAGUUCUCAUACCCAACACCCUAGAUGGCAUUCUAUUUAUUAGAUAUGAUACUGUAARAACUACUUGAGCCCAAUAGUUCUUGAGAACCUUGUGCUGAAACAAUAGAGCUCGAGUUGUCUCCAACAAGUGUUUAUUCUUGUGCUCAACAACUCCGUUCUGUUGAGGGGUACUAGCGCAAGAUGAUUGAUGCAAAAUACCUGCAUCCUCCAUGAAUAGAUUCAAGGAGCUUUCAAAGUACUCAAUAGCAUUGUCUAAGUGAAACUUCUUAAUUUUCUUGCCAAACUGAGUUUCAAUCAUUUUACAAAAUUCCAUGGUUAUYUAUGGUACUUCAUCAUACCCUUUUAACAAGUAGAUCUAUGUGCAUUGUGAAUAAUGAUCAAUAAAGAUGAUAAAAUAAUGAAAGUCAUCUAUAAAAAUAAGAGGUGAAGGGCCCCACACAUYAGAAUGAACUAAAUCAAAAGGAGCUUGAAUUUCAUUACUAGAAGUUGGAUAAAUAAUUCUACAUUGUUUUGAUAACUGACACACUUCACAAACCAAACUCUAACUCGAAAUACACUUGAACAACUUAGGAAACAAUCAUUGCAUUAAAGAAAAAGAUAAAUGACCUAGUCUAGCAUGCCACAAGUGUAACCUACCUACUGACUCCUCAUUACCCCGACCACUAAAAGCAGAUUGUAAGGCUGAACUGGUUUCUGCAUCAAAAUAAUAGAGACCUCCAGACUCAUGACCGCUCCCAAUCGUUCUCUUUGUUAAUCUGUCCUGAAAGAUACAAUGAGUAGGAACGAAUGCUAUGCUUCAGUUUAAAUUUUUGUAAGCUUAGAAACAGAUAAUAGGUUAGAAGCAAGAUUAGGAACAUGCAACUCUCAUCAGAGAGUUCCUUACCUAGGUUAACCUCCCCCUUUCYAGAGAUGGUGGAGAGGGAACUAUAAGCAACUCUCAUCUUAUCUUGGCUAUGCAUCAAAUGGUAAGAAGAAAAUAAAGAAGACAUGUAUGUCAUAUGGUCAGUAGCACCGGAAUCAAUAAUCCAAGAGUUAGAUACUAUAGGACUAAUCACACUGUGAGCAGAGAUAGUACCUGAUUUGGCAAGAGAGGUGGAUGCAAGGGAAUUGUUCCUCAGCUGAGCCGCUCGGCUAAGGAUUUCUACCUCAUCAGCUAUGAAAUCAAAUGAUGUGUGGGAACUAGUAGUCUGUCCCAUUGGGGAAGGAGCUACUGUAGGUGUGUUUCUUGGGCUUUCACCACUAUUACUUAUGACAACAUUUUCACUUGCUGUUUGGCUCCUUUGAGGCUUCUUGUGCUUCCUUAAUGCCGCUGGUUUUAAGUGAGGAUACAGAAUCCAGCAAGUCUCUUUCAGAUGUCUGUCUCCUCCACAAUGAGAGAACUUGAGGUGCCUUUUGUCUGAAUGCUUGCUCUCCUUUUGGCUUGAAGAUAUUAAGGCUGAAUGCUCAAUAGGUUGUACUUGGGUGUCUACUUGCUUCUCUUUCUUUCUAACCUAUUCAUUCCUUACAAGAUAGUAAACAUGAUGUAAAUCUAAAAGCUCAUCUCUUCCCAAAAUUUGGGACUUAUACCUUCAUAUAUUGGGUCUAGGCCAGCCAAGAACCUAAAAGCCCUGUCUUCUUCUACUUGUUUAUCAUGUCUCUCAUUACCUGUUGCAUUUUCCCAGUCAAGUACAAGAUGGUGGUCCAGUUCUUCCCAUAGACCUUCUAAGGUUGCAAAAUAAGUUGCAACAGACAUAUCCCCUUGCCUCAAGGCAACAAUAUCUUGGGUUAGUCUAUAGAUUCUUGCAUUGUUUUUCCUCUAUGUAAAUCCAAUGGUAAAUCUUGUUUUCACUUACUAAUCUCUUGCUCAUUUGCUAAAGAAAUCUAGGAUUGGUUUUUCUCUUUGUUUGGGUGCAUGUGGAAUAUGUCAACAGAGAUUAAAAUGUCGUUUGAUCCGUCUACCUUUGGUUUUCCGAAGAGAAGGGGAAGAAUAAUGUAGAGGUGCACUAGAGCAGCAAUGAUUUGGGCAUUAUGGGAAGAAAGAAAUGAUAGAAUUUUCCAAGAGAAAGAAAGAAGUAAACAACAAAUUAUGGAGUGUGUAAUGACUAGGGUUAUACAUUUUCUACAAACAUUGGACCUAUUCAAAUAUUUCUCCUUUGAUGAUAUUGGAGGAAUCGGAGCUUGGUACCCUUUAGUGCAGUAUAGAAAGUCAAAGCAAGGACACGUCCUAUUGAAGAUUGGCUGAAACUAAACUUUGAUGGGAGCAGUCAAGGCAACCUAGGUCCAUCUGGCAUUGGAAGGGCUGUAAGAGACAAGGAAGGAAAUUUAAGAACCAUCUUUUCAGGACCAAUGGGAAAUGGAGUCUCUUUAAAGGUAGAACUGUAUGCAGCCCUACAAGGCGCUCAGAUUGCAAAAUAGUGAGGCAUGGAGAAAUUGAUGAUAGAAGAGUACUCCAAGGUGGCAGUGGGUUGGGUAAAAGACCCAGAUUCAGUGAUUUGAUGUUAUAGAAAUGAAAUGAAGAAAUUGAAAUGGCGAACACARAAGAUGAUUUUAACUAUACAAUGGGUGGGAAGGGAGGUCAAUGCACUGGUUGAUUCUCUAGCUAAGAAGGGGUAACAAGGGAUCAGAUGUACUGGGCCCAUUUGCAAAUCUGUUGUAUUUCUUUGUUAAAGAGUGAGUUUGCACCUCACGCCUACCAAUGGGAUGCUUGUAACAGGAUGCAAUUAAAACGGCUCUGUUGCUUGGAGCAAUUGACCGUGAGAUAGGAGGAAUUGCCAUCUCAGGAAAGAGAGGAACAGCUAAGACAGUAAUGGCACGUGGUUUACAUGCAAUUCUUCCACCAAUCGAAGUAGUAGUAGGUUCAAUAUCAAAUGCUGAUCCAGCAUGCCCCGAAGAGUGGGAAGAUGGACUUUCUGACCGUGUGGAAUAUGAUGCUGCUGGUAAUGUUAAGACUCAGAUUGUCCGAUCUCCUUUUGUUCAGAUACCACUUGGUGUCACAGAAGAUAGACUUAUUGGUUCUGUUGAUGUUGAAGAGUCUGUAAAGACCGGAACAACUGUUUUCCAGCCAGGACUUCUUGCUGAAGCUCAUAGGGGUGUUUUAUAUGUUGAUGAGAUAAACCUUUUGGAUGAGGGUAUCAGCAAUUUGCUUCUUAAUGUUCUAACUGAAGGAGUUAAUACAGUGGAAAGAGAAGGAAUCAGCUUUCGCCAUCCAUGUAAGCCACUUCUAAUUGCCACUUAUAAUCCAGAAGAAGGUUCUGUACGUGAACACUUAUUGGAUCGCAUUGCAAUCAAUUUGAGUGCAGAUCUUCCAAUGAGUUUUGAUGAUCGUGUAGCUGCUGUUGGCAUUGCAACACAGUUUCAGGAACGUAGCAAUGAUGUCUUUAAGAUGGUUGAGGAAGAAACAGAUUUGGCAAAGACUCAGAUAAUUUUAGCGAGGGAAUAUUUGAAAGAUGUCAGUAUCAGCAGGGAGCAAUUAAAAUACUUGGUCAUGGAAUCUCUUCGAGGUGGCUGCCAGGGACAUCGAGCUGAGCUAUAUGCUGCCCGUGUAGCGAAAUGCUUAGCUGCUCUGGAGGGAMGUGAAAGAGUCAAUGUGGAUGAUCUUAAGAAAGCUGUAGAGUUGGUCAUUCUACCUCGUUCAAUCAUAAACGACAACCCACAGGAACAGMAAAACCAGCCGCCUCCACCUCCACCUCCACCUCCUCCACAAAAUCAAGAUUCUGCAGAGGACCAAAGUGAAGAAGAUCAAGAGGAGGACAAUGACCAAGAGAAUGAGCAACAGCAGGAACAAAUACCUGAGGAGUUUAUCUUUGAUGCUGAAGGUGGUUUGGUAGAUGAAAAACUUCUUUUCUUUGCACAACAAGCACAAAGACGUCGUGGAAAAGCUGGACGGGCCAAGAAUGUCAUAUUUUCUGAGGACAGGGGGCGAUACAUUAAGCCAAUGCUUCCAAAGGGUCCAGUUAAGAGACUAGCUGUUGAUGCAACCCUUAGAGCAGCUGCACCAUAUCAAAAGUUGCGAAGAGAGAAAGACAUUCAGAAGAUUAGGAAAGUGUUUGUAGAAAAGUCUGAUAUGAGAGCUAAAAGGAUGGCACGGAAAGCUGGAGCACUGGUAAUAUUUGUUGUUGAUGCUAGUGGGAGUAUGGCAUUGAAUAGAAUGCAGAAUGCAAAAGGUGCAGCACUUAAAUUACUUUCAGAAAGUUAUACAAGCAGGGAUCAGGUUUCUAUUAUUCCUUUCCGUGGAGAUUCUGCAGAGGUUCUUCUACCACCUUCAAGGUCAAUUGCAAUGGCAAGAAAGCGUCUUGAGAGACUUCCAUGUGGUGGAGGUUCUCCUUUAGCUCAUGGUCUUACAACGGCUGUCAGAGUUGGACUGAAUGCUGAGAAGAGUGGUGAUGUUGGGCGUGUAAUGAUUGUUGCAAUAACUGAUGGCCGGGCCAACAUAUCACUGAAAAAAUCUACUGAUCCUGAGGCUGCUGCUACCGAUGCACCUAAACCAUCUUCACAAGAAUUGAAGGAUGAAAUUCUUGAAGUGGCGGGAAAAAUAUACAAAGCAGGGAUGUCUCUUCUUGUUAUUGACACUGAAAACAAAUUUGUUUCAACUGGGUUUGCCAAGGAGAUUGCCAGAGUCGCUCAAGGAAAAUAUUAUUAUUUGCCAAAUGCUUCAGAUGCUGUUAUCUCAGCUACAACAAAGGAAGCAUUAUCAACCUUGAAAAACUCAUGAUUUUUGUGGAAGUUUUUACUAACAAGUUUAUGAGAAUGUAUAGUAUUUCCCCUAUGAAGAGUGAUUUUUUUCCCCUUGAGGCUGACAGAGGCUUAGUUCUAGCAAAAAGACAUAGCAUGCAAUAUCUUUGGGUUUCUUUGCAAUUACUUGAUAAAUUGAAUAUAGUUGUGCAUGGAGACACAGACAGU